AUGGAAGCUGCUGCAUUAUACCCCUGGUCAACCGCAGAAUCAUUGAUGCGUUUGGCAAGGAAAAAUUCAUUGCCCAGAUUGCCAGGCAAUUUACGAGAAUUAGCAACAUUAUUUGAGGAUGGACAGCUCAACAGAUUCGCAUGUUGUAAUAAUGUUUUAUUCAAAGGUUGUGUGCAGGAUACUGAUAACAAGACAAGUAUAAUAUUUGCCUGCACACAACUUAUUAGAUCGGUUCUUAUGAAUGAUAUCCAAGAAAUCCAUGCAGAUGCAACGUUUAAAGUUAUUCCUUCAAACAUGGGUUACCAAAUGUUAACACUACAUUGCAUGGUUCAAAAUUAUUCAAUACCUAUUGUUUACGUACUAAUGGAGAAGAAGACGAGAACUUCAUACGAAUCUGUUUUUCGGUUCAUCAAAAAUAAUUUAUUACCAACAUUAACACCAAGUGUUAUUAUUACGGACUACGAGACAGCAUUGAGAGAUGUGUUAAUGUCAGUGUUUCCAGGUGCCCRUUCUGUGGGUUGCUGGUUCCAUCAUAACCAGGCCCUAUGGAAAAAAAUGAAAAGUUUACAAUAUUUAAAUUAUAUCAACAACAACGAUAAUGCAAAAAAAGUAUUCCGAUUAUUAAUGUGCCUUCCACUGUUACCGGCUCAAAGCAUGGAAACUGGAUUCAUGUUAAUCAGAGCAUUUGUUAUUAACCAUCAAGUCAAUUUAGAACGGUUAGGGRAGAAUGGGGGAAUACCGAUGCCGCGUAAGUAUGUUAGAGUUACAAAUCGAGGUGAUUGGUCACAUGAAAACUUAUUAAAUGCUAUGAGUGCAAUUUCCAAUAAGGACUCAUUAGAAAAGCCUCAAAAGCCUAUGGUAUUCCGUUCAGCACACUCCAAGAAAGGAUUAAAAAGGGCCAAACCCAAAUUUUAA